AAAGGCAGUUCUAACACAAAGAAACCUUCUCAGUCAACAAGUCGGCUCUGAGUCAACAGUAAGGCUGCAGACAUGGCAGAGGAGGACGUUUGCUAUGCUUCAGUGGUUAUAAAAAGUAAGAUGCAGCUUCAACCAAGAGUAAAACAAGAUAAUGAGACCGUGUAUGAUGAAGUGAAGGUGAAUAAAGAACCAGCUCAGGAGAAAGAAGCUGAAGUGGAGAAGCAGAAUGAAAGUGUUCAACAAACACCUGACCAAACAGUUAAAACAAUGGAGAAAUUUGAAGUGGAGAAGCAAAAUGAGAGUGUUCAGAAAACUCAUGACAUAACUGUCAAGGAAGCAGGAAGACUUUGUCGCUAUCAGCAGCUGUGUUGCUGCUUUGGGAUUCUCUGUGUCAUUUCGGUGCUCUGCAUCAUUGGAGUCUGUGUUUAUUUUCGUGUGAGCACUGCAAGCGAGCUGAACCAGCUGAAAUCAUCCCAGCAGGUUCUACUGGAGGAGAACCAGAACCUGACCAACCUCAACAACAAACUCAGUUCAGAUUAUAAAAAUCUAAUGAUUCAGUUUGACAACCUGACCACGGCUUCUAUCACCUUAGAAAACAAGAUCACCAUGCUGACUGUAGAAAACUACAACCUGACUACGGCUUCUAUGGCCUUAAAAAACAACAUCACCAUUCUAACUGUAGAAAACUUCAACCUGACGGCAGCUUCUACAGCUUUAGAAAAAAGGAUCACCACUCUGACAACAGAAAACCGCAACCUGACGUCGCUUAAUGAGAAACUGAUGGAAGAAAGAAAAAACCUCACAGAACUGAUAAAAAACAUGGAGGAAACCUGGAAUGAGCUCAAUGUCAGUCGAGCUCAGUGGAGCAUUGAUCAAUACUGUCCAAACAAAAGUGGUGUGAGAAGCUGCACUUCUUGUCAGAGAGGAUGGAAUUACCAACUUUCCAGCUGUUAUGCGUAUAACGAUGCUGCAGCUGAUGAUCGAACAAACUGGGACGGUGCACGAGAAGACUGCAAAAAGAAGAAUUCAGAUCUGACUGUUGUGUCUGACAACGCAGAAAAGAUUUAUGUCCAAACACAAAGUCCUGUUACAGGAAACAUUAAAGGAUUCUGGAUUGGUCUCAGAGCUGUAGGAGGGAAAUGGAAAUGGCUCGAUGGAAGUGAUCUGACCAAUCAGUGAGAGACACAUUAUUUCUUAAACUUUGUG